UUCAACAAUAACAAUCUGAAUCGGCGCUGCGGUUUUGAAUCGAAUGUCGGAAAGUGAUGUGAUGUGAUAGCUUGAUUGCUCCUUUAUUAGUUUAUAGUUUAUUUUGAAACGAAAUAGACAGGCAUCAUGAAAUACGAACUGAAGAUAUAAAAUAGAAAUUGUGCCUCAAAGUGCCUAGACGGAAACAUAACUUACCGACCUAAAUAACUUAAGACUGCUAAUUGGAUAUACAUAAGAUGAGUUCAUUGACGGAAUUAACGAAUGUUAUCUGUGAAUCCAUUCAGAGAAAGUCGUUGGAUACAUUGAAUACAUAUUUUAUAUCGUACGAUAAUUGGGAAAAACUCUUAAAUACAGAUCUAAUAUUAAUUUUAAAAGAAGUGUUGAAAAAAAAUAGAAAGCAUGAGGGAAAAGCAUUUGAUAUAACAUGUGUUCUAGACUGUCUGCAACAUUUUCUCAACACAGUGCAAGAUUCCCAAAAAUGGGAGAAAGUGUCUGAAGAUAUGAGCAAACUUUGUGACGGCGUUUUUGUCAUUUCCUGUAACUUCAUAAAGGAUGAGACCCUGAUCAAGAAAGCUAUAGCUGUGAUAUCAGCAAUUUUGGAUGUUGGGAACAGUGUCGCUGAUGACCUCUUGAGGUUCAUGAUGACAUCACUAUUGGCCCAUUGUUUGAACAAAACCUUUACCAAGCACACCCGAUUGCUCAUAAUGAUCCUGAUUAGCUCUCUCCUACAGAAAUCAUCACGAAGAAUCCGCUCUGAGAUCAUCCCCACCAAUAUUGAUCAUUUAAAUCGUCUUUCAAAUAUAUUAACUGAGAGUGAUGAUUAUGAAACCCAAGUAUCAGUGGUUGAAAUUUUGGCACGAACUUUAACCUUCAUUGAAACCCCCGAAAAAUCUUCAUUCUUCGGCAGUUCAACAAUUUGGGAAAUGUAUAAAGAGUUUCACCCAUUUAUUAACUUUGAUCCUGACUGUCGACAGUUUCUAAACAGAGUCAAUGGGUAUCUUGGAGACCAGCAAAAAGUAUUCCCUGUACCUUGCAUGAUAGUGUCUGCUGAUGAUAAUUUGCUAAGGAAGCCAAAUGAUCCAAAUUACAGUGACUUUUGGGUGGACUUCAAUCUCGGAGCAAGAAGUAUAUCAUUUUAUUAUCAACCAAGAAGCUCUGAGAGUUGGGAACUGAUGACUGUUCCUGAGGAAAAUGUCAUGAGGAUAGUUACUAAGGACAGUGCUUGUCAAUCAAGAAGUGGUGAGAAGUUUGAAGCUGUGAAAAUUGAACUAACGAUUGAUUCUUCAAAUCUGUCUCCAAGCUCAGAGCUGCCAAGCACCGUGAAGAUUUAUCCUCAGAAAGACAAAUACUUGAAAAUUGAACAUGUAAUCAAAGGGAUAUUUAAAAACAAAUAUCAGACUGAAGGAAUACAUAAUGAAUCACAACUACAAGAAACGUUAAAACAAUCUCCUGAGAAAGUUGGUGAAACUCCUAAUGGAAAGUCAUUUUCUGAGAUGAACGCUCGAUCAAAGUUGUCUGUGAAUGCAAAUGAAGACAACUACAAAAUACAACCUAAAUUGAGUACUCAGAAUAUUCAGUCAUCAGAAGAAAAAUCCAGUGCAGGAAACUCAAAUCACUCACGAUUGAUAGAAAAAACAUUAAAAGAAGACAAAAGUAAACUUCAUCUUACCAGGUUAAAAGAAAUAGAAGAUAGUGAAGCAAAAAGUAUUAUUGGAAAGAAUAUUUUUUCUAACGAAUUAAGUUUGCGAGGAUAUAAAAAAUCGCCAUCUGCUCAAGAAAGCAAAAGUUUAAACAGCGGCAAUGACAGUAGAGACUUUUCUUCUUUACUCACUAAACCUCCAAAAGCAAAAGACUCAGGGUUAGAAGAAGUAAAACAAAGUAAGUUACCUACAUGUACAGAUAACCUAAAAACACCCAAACCCAGAGAAAUCGAAGGAAACCUUGAACAAAACAGAACAGCAAAGAAAAAACUUUUGUACUCCUUUGAUGUAAGUAACGAAAAGGACGUUGUAAUGUCUUCUCAAGAACAAGAGCUUUCUAUUAAAAUGCCUUCCUACAAAAUUAAAAAAAAAGAAGAUUCUACCAAAGAAAAACUUAUUGUAAAUAGAAAAAACAUAAGCUAUUCUUACAUUGCAAACAAAGGAGUGAACAAAUCAGAUACAUGCAGAACAGAUAAAGCGCAGAAAGAAUUUAAUUUUGAAGAUGACAAGGUCAUUCAGGUUUAUGAUGAUAACGAUUCAAAAAAUUCAAGCGAAUCAUCUUCUCACACACUAUUUAAAGAUCCUAGAGAGGAACCUGAACCACUCUUAAAAUUGUUUACAAGUGCAACAAAAAAAGACAUAUCACCAUCAAAGAGUUUUCAUCCUAAAUCUUUAUAUUGUGGUUAUGUCUCUCCUGAAAAAACGGACAUUACAAAUUGUGAAAAAACAUACAAACGAUCAAAACCAAAAAGGCCAUGGAGGAGGCUAAAGGCUGUGCCAAUUGCAUCAGAAUCAUCUGAUUCUGAUUCUCAAUAUGUACCACCAACCAAACUGGUGAAAGAGGGUGAUAAGAAAAUUGUAAGAAAAUCGCCGAUUAGAACUAGAUUUGCUCAUAAUUUUGCAAAUGAUAAAAUUGAUCCAACACGAGACAUCAAUUAUUCAAAUGAGAUAAAAAUGGAAAUCGAUAAUGACUUUGAAGAACCCAAAAUAAAACCUAGAGAGAUCGUUGCAGACACUCUUACUAUUCAAGGAAAGGUAACUAGCAAAACUUCAGUUAAAGUAGGAAAAGGUAAAAAGAAAAGCAACGCAAAAAGUAAAGUAACCAAACCAGCUAUUGGUAAAAACAAGAAUUCAAAGAUAAAAAAUACUACCGAAGGUAUCCUGGAGAAUAUUUUUCAAAAGCGCACAGAUUGCAUGGAUGUUAUGAACUAUGAGCCUCCUGAAGCAUGCAGUUCACAAGACUUGGAGUUGGACAUUUUAAGCAAUGAUAAUGACGAGAAAGCAUUGAUUCGUCAUACUACUUUUAAAGCUACUGAUAUGGAACGAUUUGGAAGAAUGUUGAUAAAACAAGUCCAGGAAAAAAUAACAAAAGCUGAGAGAUUGGUUCAAAAAGAAAGGGAGAUGAACUUCGCAACAUUUGAUUUCAAACUUCAAACAUUCUGCAAUGAGUUGUACGGAAAAAGUCAAAGCAUGGAAUCUGUAACUGAUAAAUUGGAGAAAUUGAACAUCAUGAUACAAUCAACCUACAAACUUCAUAAAGAGAUUGCUGCCCAAAUCAACUCUGAGGUAUCGAAAAUUGAAGAAGCUAAAAGUGAUUUGCUGAAAAAUGCCAACAAGAUAAAGAAAACUGAAUCUUCAAGCAUAUCCUCAGUAUUUCAGGGAUUUGGUGGAUACUUAAAAAAGUUGGUGUUAUCGUUCAUCCAGAGAAAUCCCAUCAAGAAUGCUAUAACCGAUUAGAAGCUUAAGAAGAAAUAUUUUAACUUGUGAUAACUGAGGCAGUUAAACUGACUUUUAUAAACUUGCCAUUUGUGUUCCAAAGAAGGAUUAAUGUUGAGUUCAGUUUUAGAGCAUAUGUAAUCUUUGGUUUUAGGUAAUGUAGUCUGAAUUUUGUGAUAAAACUGACUUAUCAGGUUAAAGUAGGUAAGUUAACAUAACAAAUGGUAUUUUUCAAAGAAAUGUUGGAUAACAAUUUAUAUCUAAUUAAUAGACUGAAUUUUGUGAUAGUAGUGCUGUCAUAUCAGUUUGGUUUAUGCUUUCUAGAAUGAGACUGUGAUUUCAGAUGAUAUUUUAUUUUUAACCUUUAAGGUAAAGUAGUAACCAUGCUAACAACAAUUGUUUUGUUGGCUUUCAUAGAAAAAAUACAUGUUAUUUUCAAAUAUUAUGGUUCUUUAAGGAUAAGUUUUGUGAUACCAGUAAAUAGUUACCUAUGUAUAAAUGUACAUUAAGCUACUAGUUAAAACUUUUUCACAUUUCUUACGUGUAGCUUAUGGCUUUAAAUAUUUGCUUAAAAUAUCUUAAACAGAUUUGGACAUUUAUUAAGUUCACUUGAUAGGUUUUCAUAUGGUUUUGUUCGUAAUGUUGCAAGUAGAUAAAAAUUUGUUUCCAACUAAAAUUGUACAACAUAAGUGAUAUUUAUUCAAUAAAUCUAUUUCAUUAAAAA